UCAGCCACGCAGACUUAUUGAGGCAAACUAAAGCGCGUGCUGUCUUUAAACUGACCUCGCGCUCCCUCUCGUUUCUUUUUGGCGCCCGCUGGAUUGGUUUGCGUUCCGUUUUGCGGUCGGCAUCAUUUUGACGCGCGAGAGAAAAGGUUGCAGCACAGCACAAAUCCUCUGGACCAACCUUUGAAGUGCCCUAUCUGCGUGUUUGGAUUACUGGACAGACAGGGCUGCACAUGUCAGUUUUUCUGUCUGACUGUCUGUCUGUCUGUGAGCACAUCUGAAACCAGCCUAAGAGGAUAAUUUAAUAAAUGUUACUUUACCAUCUGGGGGCCACUGCCAGCUCUGCAGGACCAACGACCGCCCACACUGCGGGUCGCUCUGCCCCCAAAUCCACGCUUCCACCCUUGUUCCCCCACGCCCCUUCUCUGCACCCUCUUUUAAUGGGACUGGGGCUGUUCCUAGCAUCAUCCAAAUCUCUGCGUACAUCACCACAGACUGCGAGCGACCACUGGACGAGUCCAGAAACGACGCAGUAUUGGCCUCCACCUGGUACCAUGGUGUUGUAAGCUCCUUUCCUUUUGCAAGGAAUCCAAAUCAAUAAUCCAAAUGUUCAUCACUUCUCAGGACAUGCUGAAAGGACUUGCAGGUUUGCUUAUUUAGAGAGCAGAUUUUUUAUACUCUAUACACUUACUUAAUUCAGGAAAAAAAAAAAAAAAACAAGCAGACAAACCUUUAAAGCUCAUGUAAAAGCGUACACCAUGUGCUCGGACAGUUUUCAGUACCGCGCACUGUUUGAGUACAAGCGGGAGAGGGGUGAUGACAUCUCUCUGCAACCUGGAGACCUGCUCACCGUCAGCAAGUUAGUGCUUCUGACACCAGACUAUCAGGACGGCGAUGAGAAGAACCCCAAGGGCUGGCUCAAUGGCACUAACGAGCGCACCAAGGAGAAGGGCAACUUCCCGGGCACCUUUGUGGAGUACGUGGGGGCGGUGCGGUUGGGCCUGCCUGCAGGGAAGCCCUGGCCUAGGCCUGUACCUCCAACCCCUGGAGGGCCCCAAACACCUGUAGGCCCCCAGCCUCCAGGGGCCUGUGCAUCAGGGGGCUGUGGGUUGGGGGAUGCUGUGGAGCAGUGUGCCGUGCCGGACCAGGCCCCAGCCGUGGUGCUCAGACUGACUGAGGCUCUGGAGAGACCGGGCUGGGAAAAUGAGGCACUCUACAGGGCCCCUCCUGCUUCCUCUGGACCUCCUGAGUUACGCCAGGCCCUGGAAGCAGACCCUGCGUCAGUGGACUGUGAGCAGUACGAGUUUUCUGUGUUGGCAGAUACUCUGAGGUUUUACCUGCAGGAGCUGCCGUGUCCUCUCAUCCCAGCUGUGGUCUACAGUGAGCUGGUCUACACUGCUCAGGAAACUCCGAGUUUGGAGGAGUGCGGUCAGGAGCUGAAGAGAAUCCUGGACUCCCCCAGCGUCCCACAAUCCAACCACCAGCUUCUGGUCCAUCUGACCCGACACCUCAGCAAGGUGGCCCAGAGCGGAGGACCAGCUCAGGCGAGUCCCAGGCUUCUGGUCCAGGCCUACAGUGAGGCCAUCUUUAAAAACAAUCACUUCAGUGCGGAUGUGAACCCAGAGCACCACGUGAAGAUACUGGAGGCUCUUAUCGUGGUUGGAGGCCUGAUGGAGAUGCAAGCUGCCCCAGCUCUUCCUCCCAAGCCGGCCAAACCCAUGACUCCUGUGAACAGCAACGGCGUGAAGGAGGCCGCGAGCAGCUCGUUACAGGACGCAGAGUGGUACUGGGGAGACAUAUCAAGGGAAGAGGUGAACGACAAACUACGAGACAUGCCAGACGGGACCUUCCUAGUACGGGAUGCCUCAACAAAGAUGCAGGGAGACUACACACUAACGCUAAGGAAAGGCGGAAACAAUAAGCUAAUAAAGAUCUACCACCGUGAUGGCAAGUACGGUUUCUCGGACCCGCUCACCUUCAGUUCAGUGGUGGAGCUCAUCAGUCACUACAGACAUGAGUCUCUGGCUCAGUAUAACACAAAACUGGACGUCAAGCUCAUGUACCCCAUCUCCCGUUACCAGCAGGAUCAGCUGGUAAAAGAAGACAACAUUGACGCUGUGGGGAAGAAACUCCAGGAAUAUCACAAUCAAUAUCAGGAGAAGAGCAAAGAGUAUGACAGACUAUACGAGGAGUACACAAAGACAUCGCAGGAGAUUCAAAUGAAGCGCACCGCAAUAGAAGCCUUCAAUGAGACCAUCAAGAUAUUCGAAGAGCAGUGUCACACGCAGGAGCGCUACAGCAAGGAGUAUAUCGAGCGCUUCCGCAGAGAAGGCAACGACAAAGAGAUCGAAAGGAUAAUGAUGAACUACGCCAAACUCAAGUCACGGCUGGGCGAGAUCCACGAAAGCAAAAUCCGCCUGGAGCAGGACCUGAAGACGCAAGCGCUGGACAACAGGGAGACGGACAAAAAGAUGAACAGCUUAAAGCCAGAUCUCAUCCAGCUGAGGAAAAUCAGAGACCAGUAUCUUGUUUGGCUCAACCACAAAGGUGUACGUCAGAAACGAAUAAACGACUGGCUCGGCAUCAAAAACGAGAACACAGAUGAAGCUUACUUUGUGAGUGAAGAGGACGAGAACCUGCCGCACUACGAUGAGACGAGCUGGUUUGUUGGGGACCUAAACCGGACACAGUCUGAGGAUCUGCUUUUAGGAAAGCCUGAUGGCGCCUUCCUCAUCCGAGAGAGCAGCAAGAAGGGCUGUUAUGCCUGCUCUGUAGUUGUUGACGGCGAGGUGAAGCACUGUGUGAUCUACAGCACGCCUCGUGGCUACGGCUUCGCCGAGCCUUACAAUCUGUACAGCACUCUCAAAGACCUUGUUCUGCACUAUCACCAGACCUCACUGGUCCAGCACAACGACUCGCUCAACGUGCGGCUGGCAUACCCCGUGUACGCACAGAUGCCCUCAGGCCCUCGCAGAUGAGGCUCCGCCUGCCCAAAACACACCUACCUACACACCAACGGAAAAAAAAACUCACACAACUAACAGAAACAACACGCCGUCACACAAAAAAAAAACGAAACACAAAAAAAACAAACCCAACACAACAACAAACACUUGCUGCAACACACACGUCAGCCACCUUGGAGUUCUAUAUUUUUACUAGAACAAUUUGGAGGGCAUUCUUUCUAAAGACUGCUUGAUUUGCACAAGGAAGUUUUAAAUGUUUGUGAAUGUGAAGAAAAAAAAAAAAGAAGGAAGCAGAAGAGGCGAGUUUCAGGUGACCCGCGCUGCUACCUAAACUCCAGCUGGGACUUUUUACACGCUCCAUUUGAACCUUUUUUUUUUUUUCCCCUAUUGUCAUUCAGUUGCGCUUUGUUUUAUUGUCUCAUCCUACUUUACUAAAUGCAAGGCAGGAAAAGAUGUAUUUGUUUUCUCUCUUUCUCUGACUUUUCUCUCUCCCUUUCUCUCUCUCUCUCUUUGUGUUUGUAUGGUUUGAAGAAGCAAAAACUAUGUAGCAAACGGACGCCUGACACUUUCCAGAGUGUUUCUCACAGUGACUGCUGCUGAACAAGGGAUUGUGGGAUGGGAUGGGAGGGGGACAGGACAUGAAUGGGGGUGGGGCGGGGGGGUUCGAGUUGAGAGGGCACAAGUGAAAAUGUGUUGUAGUCUUAACAAAAAGCUUGCUUUCAUACCGAUCCUUAGAGGAGAGCUGUUCACUUUUGUCUUUGCCUUUUUUUUUUUUUCUUUUUUUUUUUUUUGCUGGAUCUGCUCUUUGUUUUUGUUUUUUUUCUGUCGUUCUUUUCUUCCGAGCAGUAAAGGUGUCGUUACAGUUCAUUGCAGAGACCAAAGUUGGCAUAGGGAGGAAGUCCCAUUUUGUUCAGUUUCUUUAAAGUAUUUCAUUUGUUAAUUUGUUCCAUUGACUUGUUUUAACGAGAGGGAGAGGAAAGCAAAUGCUUAUGCUAAUAAAUUAUUGCCAACCACACAUAAAAUAGAGUUUGGGCAUUGAAGCACUGUGUUCCUGUGCUGAAGCACUGUGAGUUUCUGCGCUGAAGCAGGCUUGUCUACCAAAUCACAUGCACGGAUAUGAUUGAUAAGAAGCACUUAUUUAAUAUGGGGAAACUACAUCUGCACCAUUUUAUACACCAAAUUAAAACAAAAAAAAAGAAAAAAGCACGCAACGCGAGCGUGAAAAUUAGAAAGUGAAGUCCUGAAACACUAUUUAAUGUGUGGUUUUAAACAUGGUACAGAAUCUAUAUGCUAAUGUCUGAUGUAUUAUUUUAUUUUUUAUUUUUUUAAUUAAAUUUUUUGACUUUUUUUUUGUUUUGUUUUGUUUGUUAACCCGAACAUUCAGAAAUAAUCUUUUGAAUUGCUCAGUGUACGACAAGCAGAAGCAGUGGUUCAGCUAUAAGACAGACGUGCUUUAAACUACGAAACUUGAAGAAAGUGCAAUCCAUCAUUGAAUUGAUAGACUGAUAAUAUGUUAAGAGGUUUUAGAAGAGGGAUUUGCACCAGUGAGCGCUAGCCACGUGCAUCAAGGCUCGUUUGAGUUACGUUACCGUUAGAAAAAUGCUCAUCUUUCUACCAGGUGCUUCUUCUUAAUGUCAAGUGAUCGCAUUCUUUGUCGAAAGGCAGGAAACUGGCAGAUUUUCAGCUGUACGGCAACUUGUUUUCAUGUUGCACAAUAAAAAAACAUUUAAAAAAUCACUGUCACUGACGAUUUUGCAGCGAUAUGCACAAUAUUCUGAAUUUCUUUUUUAAAAGUUUGGACUGUAUCGUGGUGCUCUCAAACAUGCACUGUUUGAGGGUCUCUGAAACAGUAGGGUUUUUUUUUUUUCUUUUCCUCCUCCUGCUUAUAAUCCUCCUAAUGCUCCUGUUGUAAGGCCCCUGCUGACAGAUGCUUUAACCACAGGCUGAUUUACGGCCUUUUAACAAGCACAGGGCAGCUGGUGGGCCUCGACUCGUCCUUUUUGGUAAAACACUUCUCCAUUUUUUUUUAAUUUUUUUUUUUUAUUUUUUUUCUUCAUAUGACAUGUGGCCAGGUGAAAGAGACUUUUACUUAAUUAAUUCUAUGCAUUGUGUGCAUUGUGGCCGCACAGGUUUUCCUAUACACUGUACUCAUGUAGUCAGCAGCAUGGAGGAUUACGUACUCACAGGUACACAGAGGUCUAGUGCACAGGCAAGAUUGCAGAUUGCUCUUGUCUCUAAUAUUUCAGGAGUUAUUGGUCACUUUCAAGUCAGGAAAGGUCACAGUUCAGUUCAACCUGUUUAUUUUUUUUUUGUGAUCAGCUUGUUCAUCAGCAACCUGGAUCAGUAUCAUCACAUCAUUAUUAGACUUUAUGAAGUCAAUGGAUCCCUGGACCCCUCAGUUCUCUUCUGCUCAUAUACCAUUUUGAGUCCAGGCCCAGAUCAAGCCAAUGGCGCCCAGAGCUCUUGACAGCAGCCACAUGCUCUUGAGUUAUAGAUGUUAAAGCAUUUCUUCCUCUUUUUAUUCCCUGCCGCUGCAUGCUUGCAGCCUGGCAACUGCCACAGGAGCAACUGAGCUCCUACUGGAUCGUUUCUUUGUGGCUCUUGGUGGGGCAUAAUUAGCUGGGGAAAGAGCAGCGCUGGUGCUUUCCAACACUCAGUAGGAGUCUGGAGACUGGAGGCUGGGCGGAUGGUGGGGGAGUAAGGGUCUAGGGGUUUUAGGGUCUUGAGGUCUCUAGAAGUAUGAUGGUAUAUCCAACAUACUUCACUUAUCAUCAUAAUCAUAUUAUUAUUAUUAUUAAAACCCUUUUCAACAAACCAAUUUUUUUUUAAAUCGUUUUCCCCUCCUCAUCUACAUAAACAAAUAGCAGCAAAUCUCCGAACUUCAGAACAGACUGCGUAUCGGAUCAGAUUUCUUUUUGUCCAGCUCCCUUUCUUUCUAUCUAUCUAUCUUUCUUUCUUUCCCUUUCUUUUUUUUUCUUCUACAAAGAUCCAGAUUGUUCAUUUAACCAGGGCCCCUAAGGGGUCCUCUCUCUAUUACUUGAACUAUAGCAUUGCUCACUGUUGAAUGUCUUUAUAUUGCAUAUAUACAUAUAUUAAAGAAGAGGAAAUCCCUUUUAUGACAGGAGUUGAUUGAGUUUGAGAUAUAUGUACACGUUGUUUAUACACGUUUAUUCAGAGACACAGAAUUCAAGUGUUUGUUCGUUCGUUUUUUUUUUUUUUUUUUUUUUUUUUUCCUCUUUAAGGGGAUUUAUUUACUAGAAAUAUGACUGUUUAUUGGAUCCUGCUGUCCAGUAUUGCACACAUUCAUUCUUGAAGAGACUUUUUAACGUACGUACACGUAGCGUACAAUGCCGGGCAACAGACGCGCUUUGCGUCGUACAACUCACCCUUAAGUUCGUACUCGACAUUUACUGAAGAAUCGUUUGGGCUGGGCUGUAAAUUUUGUGAUUUCUUUGUGAUUAUUAUGAUCACUGUUCUCCCAGGCAUCGAGACCAAAGAUUUGAGUUUGAGUUACUUUCUACUAGCUAGUGUUAGUUUGGAAGGGGAAUCUUGAGUAUUUCCUGUUUUGUUUUAAUCCAUUGCCUUGCUUCCGUGCAAACUCCAGUCGACUUUUGCGAGUCGCUUUUGCCGUCGAGUUUUCAUUGUGAGAUCGCUAUUUGUCCAGCGAAUUAAUGGCAACCUUGACUAUUAUUUGUCUAUAAUACUGAUGGAAGUCAUAUUCUCCAACAGUACACAUGUUGGCAUGAAUUCUUUACAUUUUUGCCUUUCAAAAACAUUCAGUAUUUGUUUUUCUGCUCAAAUAAAGUUGGACAUUUUCACCAACCCUUUUGUGAUAUUUAAGAAGGUCAGCUUAGUUAAUCCAAGCUGGUUUUUUUUCACAUGUUAGAAAGUGCUUGAAUAGUUUUGUGUGUGCCAUCGGUGUGUUUUCUUGUUCUGACUGUUGCAGACACUCCUGGCUCCACCAAAAUCUGGCACUCGCCUUUCUAUAGUUUUUUUUUUUUUUUUUCCUUUCCAGAACAUGGAUGUACGUUCAGAGAGGUUUGACCAAGCUGGAGGGGUCAGUUUACUCUCAGAAAUUCAUUAGAGAGAGAAAAGUACCCCUAGUCAUUUGUGGUUUGUCUCAAAAAAAGCUAAUGUGCUCAUCAUUCUCUGCAGGGCAGAAAGCAGUGGGGAUCGUAGGUUCGUUCCUUGUUUAUGCACUCCACAAAGCAUGCAAUAUUCCAUUUCUUGUUUUCUUUUUUUAAAGGUUUCAGGGACAAAAAUAUAAGCAUUGCAUUGGGGGUUCGUAUGAAAGAUAUGUUUACCAGAGGAGAGAGAAAUGCUUGUGCAUUUUGUUUUGUAUUGAUGUGGGAACGGGAAAAGGGGAACGGGAAACUUACCAGAUUUUAAGAAAACAGAAAUAAAAAGAAACAGAUCUAUGGUGCAUUACUUCAGAAGCUCAAAGGGUUUGGGCAUGAACCAAAACAACCUUCUUCUCCAUUCACCUAGAAGAGUCUGAGUUUUCAGUUUCAGGCCGAGUCGAUUAGUUUGAAGACCAGGCUUAGAGUUUUUUUUUUUUUUUUCAAGGACUGUUAACUAACAAUGUCUGUUUCUCUUGGCCCUUCGUGCAGUUCUGCAAAGUUUUAUUUGCAGUCAAGUUUGAAUAUGUGGUGAUUCUCAUUGGGAGUCUUUUAUGUUCUUACCACUGCUGUCACCUCACGAUUACCCAGCACAGCUUAAUGGAGUAAAGCUUCUUAUUGUUAAAAAAAAAACUAAAAAAAUGCAAGAAAAAAAAGAAAAAACAGAAAACAAAAAAACGUAUAAAGAAAAAAACUCUCCCUCCCACUUUGACAUACGUACAAACCCAGCAUGCUUCUUUGGUACUCUUGACUGUUGUUUUGUGUAAAAAAGAAAAAGUUAAAAAAAAAAAGAAAGAAAAACGUUGAAACGAGAACUGUUAUUUGUCUGUUUAUGGUGUAGUCAGAUAUAAAUUUUGAUAUAGCUUAAGAAAACACUGCUUUUUUUUCAGCUCAAAUAAGUUUGAACCCUGUGUUUCAGUGGACAAUGCAAAGUGAUAUUGUUCUUAAAUACUGAGAAUGAGGGUCAACGUCAGCAAUAGCAAACAAACCUACCGCAGUGUCGGCACAAGUCGCAAGAGUUCACUAGAGUUUCACAACAACGAAAGGCUCAAAGUUACCCCGACGUUUGAGAUGUAAGAGAUGAAUUUAAAUACACACUUUUUCCCACAAAGAUCAGUCCACCACCAGCAGCAACAUGUUUGUUCUUGUACAUCUGUAGACUCAGCUUGAGCAAUAAGCCACGGACCCCCAGAUCUCCACGUCCAAUGACAGAAACAGAAUAGAAAUAUAUAUAUAUACAUACUAUAUAUAAUAUAUAAUCAUGCACAGUCCUCUCUCUCUGGUCAGCAUCUCGUCCAUUACCUACACUCGGUGCAUAUCAGUCGUACGGCAGCAUCUCCUAUUGUUCCUAAAAAACUGGAGAGCGAUCUGUGUGGAGAACUCCUCCUUCUCAGUAUUUGAAUAUCAUCCUUGCUACAGGCUUAUUGAUAUUCCUCAGUUAUGUUUUCCACCAUAUUUUCUUGUAUCCGUUACAAUAGUUUGUAUUGGUUGUAGACUCUCCAUUUGUUAUGAGAUGAACUCAUGUAUAUUCUCAAUGGAACUCCACCAUAUUCAUUUCUCUUGCAGAAUAAAGAAAAAAUAUUUUGUCCAA